AUGACCGCCGGGGGUCCCUCGCCCACUCUCUCGGUAGUGCCCGCCCGCAGCACCGAGCUAGACUUACAGCGGAUCGGUAAGGCGGUACAGACCUUACACGAUAGCUGCUGGUACUGGGGAUCAUUGUCGGGGAAACAGGCGAAAGCUCUCCUUCGCUCUCAGGAUGUCGGGACGUUCCUAAUACGUGACAGUGAGAACUGUGCGUUUUUGUUCAGCCUGAGUGUGAAGACUACCCGGGGCACCACCAGUGUCCGGGUCCAGUACGUGGACGGGCACUUCAAGUUGGACUCGGACGUUAACGCAGAUACACCGGAAUUUAACUGUGUCUUGAGACUGAUCGACUACUACAGGAGAGACUCUCUGCAAGGAGGCGGGAAACAUUACUGGCUCGAGCCGUCGGGAAGAAGAGAAGUUGUGGUUAAGCUGAUAAAACCUUUGAGACACUCCGUGCCAAGUUUACAGCAUCGUUGCCGAACACUCAUAAAUCUCCACACGUCUGAGAACGAUAUAGGAAGACUUCCCUUACCACCAGCGCUAAAACGGUUCCUCAGGGACUACCCGUACAGUUAUUGA